AAGAAUUAGCACCAGAGAUAGGUUGCAGAAAAGAGCAUAAUAAGCUGCUUCGGAUACUCGGUAAUGUUUUAUGACGAAAAACAGGCAGACCUUUUUCCAAGGCUCAGUGCAUACUAUAACAGCCUUUGUAGUCAUGAAAACCUAAACCGUAGACGAUUCUUCUGAGUCAAUCGACGCAGCACAAGAACUCAAACAAUGAGUUGCUGUGUUCUGUCAAAAUACACUACAUGUAUGUAUCUUUGUGCUUUCAUUGCGUUGCGGCAAGUGAUUACGAUUAAGGCGGAGAGCAUAGCCCAGUUCACCUGCAAUUUUGAUAGCGGGUUGUGUCCCGGUUGGCAAACUGCUACUAGCACUGCAAGUUCAUCCAGGAACUGGACAUCAACAACUGCUCACGAUCAGAUUGAUCACAGACACCAGAGUCUGCUAUCUUUCGAUGGGACGCAUUUUAUUUAUACACCGAGGACAGUACGGCAAACUGAUGAAGAUGUCUGGGCUGAAAUUAUCAGCGAUUAUUUAUCUUUACCGGUUGGAAGUCCUCCAUACAACAUCGUUGUCAGUUUCUGGUAUUUUGUCCCAAAAGGUUACGGGACGCUAAUGUUGAGCUUCAGAGAUACCAACGCUGUUUAUGGAAAUGACAGUAUUCACUGGAUGAUAAGAGACAGAAUUCAUCACAGUUAUCCGGACCAAAGCAUGAAGUGGUAUUAUGGACAAGCACCGCUCCUCAUUAGCCAAAGCGGCUGGAUUGUAUUUCGGGUCGUGCACGGCCGCAUUAUUGACUCGUUUGCCUUGGAUAAUGUUGUAACAACCAAAGACGAUCGGCUUCCUAUUAACCUACUGGUGAGUCACGUGAGUGCAACCCGAAGAAUAUCUUGUGGUUUCGAAAUCGAUUUGUGCGGCUGGAUGAACCACUUUGAUAGCGAUUUCCGCUUGGAUCCAUCAGAAAGCUCGACGUCUCUCACAGGGAAGCAUAACGGAAGCCUGCUUCAUCCAAUCUACAACAAUCGGGAGCUGAUCCUGGGAAGUCUCCCUGUGGUUUCGCCCACUUCACUAAGCAAGGUUUUUAGUUUCAAAUACUUUGUCAGCGAUCGCAAAGUGCAGCUGUUGCGGCUAUUCGUCAGUGAAUGGUAUGACAGCAUGGUGGUCUGGGAGAUCAAACCCGGGUCGGGCGAUGGACUCGUUGGGAUGUGGACAACAGUGACACUCACACUGUGCAUGCCUGCAGGCGCGUCGUUGCGUUUUUUGGUUACCACAACAGUGGCUGAUUCCGCAGUGAAGUUUGAUGAUUUUUUGUUGCGCACGGAUUACAGCCAAAACUUGACUUCUGCUAAAGAAUGCCAUCGAAUAACGUGCAGUUUUGACCAAUCUACUGUACGUGUGGUUGGGCUGAUCACAGCGUGGUGGCAAGAUGGAAGCAGACCAGCGUUGCCGAUAGUAUGGACUAUUCUAAACCCGGCAUAACCGAUUUUGUAGCAACCGGCACAGCUAACGGUGUUGUGCCUGUUGCGCGUCUAGUUAGCCCUUGUGUGGACCUGGAAACAUCAAGCACGCUCAGCGAUGCUUAUUGGAAUGGUGCGAGUCAGAUGGAAGGAAACAAGGUCGUGGUGAAGUUGUUCCACGCCAACCAUUCGCUGCAGUUCCAUGGCAUUUUGAUUUCCCGCACCAGCGUCGCACUGCCACCAGUGCAGGCCGUCCGCAUAGUCAUCGAGCAUCCCUUUCCCACAGGCUUCGUCCGGCUCCCACGAAUCACUUUGCGCAAAGAAAGCGUCGUGGCCAAGCUUUCCGACCUUUGUCCGGAAUUUCCGAUGCCACCUCUAAUAACAGAGCAGCCACACAUACUGUCUGUCAGCUGCACGUUCGAUAGGAAUUUGUGCGGUUGGACAAACUCAGAUUCCCAGCAGAAGUUCUUUGUAUAUCCAGGCUAUGGCGACGUGGUUGCGUUUCAGGGCGCGGGAGCCGCUGCGGCUCUCAUGAUCAGUGCAGACAGUGAACCACGUUUUGGACCGCUGGUGUCGCGAACCAUUAUGGGCAGCGGAAGGACACAGCUAUUUUUUACUUACCGAAUGGAUUACCAUGUCCAAUGGGCCAGUAUCAUUGUUAGGCCCCACGAUGGGUCCAAACCGCUCUUAGCAUGGUACACCAGUGUUCUGGACGAACUGCAUCACGUAAAUGUGUGGCAGACGGUUAGAGCAUCGUAUUGCUUCGUUGGCAAUUAUACCUUGGAACUGACUGCACACUUUGCGAAAUAUGAGGAUGACAUAACAGGAUUUUGGGUAGACAACCUAACUCUGCAACCAGAAGAAAUUGCAGUUAACUUGAUUCCAGACCUAUGUAGCACCAGCGCUUUCAGUAAACCGCUAAUCUCAAUAACCUGCGACAAUUCCAUGAUAACUACAUCCAUUUCUCGUAAAUUCUGUGGGUGGCAAGUCGAUAGUGAUGGCAAUGCGCUGGCAGCCAUAGAACCACUUGCGUAUGGUUUUUAUUUCCAUGCCUACGAGUAUAACGCUCUGGCGCUAUGCUAUAGAGUGAUCAGCAACACCCAUCCUAAUGCCGUCAGCUUCGAUCUGGUCAGUCCGGAGUUCCACGUCAGACCGAAUGACGUGCUGCAUUUAUGGUAUUCCGUCCGUCGGCGACCAGCAUUUAUUCGAAUAAUGGCCACAAGUGCCGAAGAGAGCUUAACGCUCUACGAAGCGACACACGACGAUGCACAGGAUAACAACCAGCAAGGAUUUAAAAAGGUCAUUUCUCUAGGCUCUCUAACUGGACCAACCAAGAUUACUAUCAGAGUUCGAUCACUACCUCCAGAGUCCAACUCUACAGCUGCGCGUCCAGGCAAUUCCAAUCCAGAUUUUGCCGUCAGACACAUAUGGUUUCCUCAAGAAGAAGGUUACAAGCCGGAAGUUCAAAUUGACAGACUACCAAAAUAUGAAACCUGCAAAGAUACCAGCUACCAAAAUGUGUCUUGUACCUUUGAAAAAUCUGAUUCGUGCGUGUGGUUCCGUAAUAUCAACCACACCGCCUGGCUAGCAACAGACCAGCCGUAUGGCACGUUUCCGUUCGUGUUUCCUGAUCAGGAUUUACGGAAAAUGAACAGACGUCUUAUUUACACUGGAUCACAGCAUUCUAUCGGCACAUUAGAGAGCAGUUACAUUGGUCCUGUUCAAACGAGAUUUUCCUUCAAGGUGUACAUGUUUGGAGCCGGUUUACGAUAUUUGAGCUUGCAUGCGGAAAGUAUGUCCACGUAUUAUUUGCUGUGGAAUUCCACGGAAAAUACCACUACGAGACCGUCGGCAAGGCAAUGGCAAACUGUAAACCUGGAACUCUGCAUCAAGUUUCCUUUUAAGCUUGUAUUCAAAAUUUCAACCAGCAAAGCGCCAUACAUAGCGGCACUUGAUGACAUUCAGCUAGAUAACGAGUGCACAACGCUGAAGCACGACGUUGAUUGCAAAAAUCUGAAACCUUUCUCUCCUCCACAAUCGAUUUUAACCAGCGCAAUAACCAAACCAGCGUUUUUCGCUUUGACAGCACCGGCACCAGCAGGCACUUUGCACUGCAUGUUCCACGAGCUGGACUUUUGCGGAUGGUACGGCAUCGAUAACGAAAGUUUAGCUUGGAGCAUUGUGCCGUCCGGCAACAAGAACGAGACAGCAGCCGCAGUGUUUUGCUCCCGACUACCAGGGCUACUGACCACGGCUACGGCUUACCUCAUUAGCCCAAAAGCAACGUGCAGUCAGUGGGCCUUCUGUUUUUUCGAGUUUGAAUACCGAUCUUCCCAGGGUUCGGUAGUAGAAGUGCAGCUGUGGAUGGCCUCAAACAAGACAUCGUCAGCGCAUUUAGCAUGGGGAAGCGGACCGAACGAAUUUCCGUUAUACACCAGAGUUACCGUGAACUUGAGCAGUGCACCAGGAACAUUCUGGCUGGUUUUGUCUACCACUUUCUUUGAGGACGCAUCCAACGUUCAAGUCAGAAACUUCAACUUCUUUGGAGACAACGGGAACGGGACGGCUAAAUCGGAUUAUGGUUUCAUUACGCUUUCUGGCAAUAUAUUGGGAGGCCUUAGCAUCCUGACCAUUAUAGCGGGUCUCCUGCUUUUUCGGUAUUAUCGUGCUCAACGGGAUUACUGCAAACGAUUGUAUAACUGUGAAGUACAUCCAUUCUUAUUCGAAGAACUGGAAAUCCCGAGCAGCUCGAUAACUCUUUUGAACAAGGAAUUAAGAAGGAGCCACUUCUGUCAAGUGGGACUGGCACGAAUAACAAAACUGCACACGAAACACUUCGUUCUUGAGAACACAACCGUUGUCGUCAAAUUUUUGUUGGAUAAAUGCUCUCAAGAAGAGGAGCGGUACUUUCUAGCGGAAAUGGCAGCCUUCAUGAUGGUGGGCAGGCACAAGAAUAUCGUCAGUUUAAUUGGGGUGAUUCUUAAAGGCCGUCCGAUGAUUGUUAUGGAACACUGUGCUAAUGGAUCCUUACUUGAGCAUUUGCAAAAGAAAAACAAUUAUGUUGGCCUGAAAAUGGUUGGAUCCGUUCAUACGAUCCAAAAGACAGAUUUGCACAAUGUUUCUUCUCGAGACGAGCUGCAAAGUUUGCUUUCGAUCGUAUACCAAGUUGCAGCCGGAAUGGAGUUCCUAUGUAGUCGCGGCUUUCUCCACCGCGAUCUCGCCGCACGCAACGUACUUCUGGACUCCAGUCUUACGGCUAAGAUAGGCGAUUUUGGUUUGGCCAGAAAUGACAGUGAAUACAUCUUGCAGCGGCAGAAUGUGCUUCUUCCGCUUGGUUGGAUGGCUCCGGAGGCACUGGUGCCAAUGGAAGGCCGUUACUGUGAGAAAAGCGAUAUCUGGUCUUUUGCCGUACUUUUGUGGGAGUGUUUUACAUUCGGCCGGUCUCCGUAUGAGCAACAGUUUCCACAAGGACUUCAGUUGGAUGUUCUUCUGGAAUUCCUUGCGAGGGGUGAACGACUAGUACUUCCUGGUGUCUGCCCACACUGGAUGAACACAUUGGUUUCCAGCUGUUGGGAAUUUAAUCCAGCAGACCGGCCAACGUUUAGCGAAAUCCUAAAGAAAAUCAACCAAACCUGGAUAGUUUAUUUAUAAUUAUUACAUUUUUGGAGACUGAGGAGUAAAUCUCGGAAUCUGUUGGAACUUGUGGUUUUCAGAAAGCCGUGAAAUACAUUGUCAGCGUCCAAAUGUAUUUUGUCAUCAUCCAUGCCACGGAAGACUAAACCUUUUUAGCUGGCCUCUAGGGGAUAAAGCAAACGGCUUUACCAGUAGGAGCACAAGGAGCACAAGUUGGCGCUAUCAAUUUACUAAGCCUGCUAAAAUAAACUGAUUUAGGUAACUGUGAGCUUUUUAGCAUGUAAAAUAAGCAUCGCCAUGUUCCGCUGUGAUUUCUGUACGUUUAUUGUGUACAUUGCACUCUGCACUCCUGCCUCAACGAAAACAAUCCGUAAUCUACCAGAAAACUGGAGAGACUUCAUUGAUCCGGAGAUUUUGGCAAACAGUGAUGAUUAAGAAUUUACCCGCUAUGACAGCGAUCUUCCGGAAGGGGACAUUCUGGGACUGCAAACGCUGCAACUUGAACAUGGAGCAGCAAACGCUGCCAACGAUGCCAAUUCUUUCUGGCCCAACAACACAAUUCCCUAUGAAUUCUCCAAAAAGCAAAACGCGUUAAUAUUAGAGGCUUUUCGCAAAAGACACCAUAACCAUACCUUAACCAUACCUUAUCGUGUAGCUAGACACCGCCAUCGGAGUGACAGUGUACAGGAUACCUUAAAACCAGCGCAGUUGUUUUCUAGAGGUCUUCGUAUUUAUUUUUUUUCUCGUGCUACACGGUAUGGCAUCGUUUGGAACAUCAAAAUUCAAGUUCUCCGAUGUUUUCUGUGCUAGAAAAGCUUAGCUCUAACGAAGUUAAAGUGUAUGGGAACUAAGAGGAGCCUUUGGAAGUCAGCUACCAUACAACGAAUUUGUAUGCGCCCAAGGAAAUGCAAAUUAUUUUGGAGUCGAUGCGAAUAAUAAGUUUUCUUUCCGGCAACUGCGUCAGAUUUGUGGAGCGCACUAGCGAAGAAGAUUAUAUCAGCUUCCAAAAAGGAUUGCAAUGCAUGUCGAAUAUCGGUCGCGUUGGAGGAAAACAGGCGGUGGUAUAGCCGGCUUGUCUGAAACAGCACGGCGAUGUCCAACACGAACUGAUGCAUGUGAUGGGUUUCUUUCACGAACAUUCACGAGCCGACAGAGACGACUAUGUUAAGAUCAUCUGGGAUAACAUUGCCAAAAGCGACAAGGAUCAGUUUGCCAAGCACGAGGACGGAAACACUUACGGAUUGCCAUAUGACUACGAAUCGGUCAUGCAUUACAAGCACAACGCCUUUGCCAAAGACAGCAGUAUUCCGACUAUUCUUCCCACAACCAGAAAAG